UAUCAUAAGUUUCACUCCACCACCUCAACCACAACCGCUCUAACCAUUCUCUAAAUUGCUUCUCCGGUAAUAUUUUGACAUCUAAACCCCAAAAAAUGGCGACCACCAUUACCUCAUGCUGUUCUCUUCUCCUGUUUCUUUUCUCUUUAGGCAGUUAUAUCACCAAUGCUAUGGUUUUCACUCUUGAAAACCGUUGCAGCUACAUGGUCUGGCCCGGAACUCUCUCUGGAAACGGCGCCGCAGCCCUGGGUGACGGUGGUUUUGCAUUGCCACCUGGCUCGUCACUCCAACUCCAAGCUCCACCCACAUGGUCUGGCAGAUUCUGGGGGCGAACUGGCUGCACAUUUGAUGCCUCAGGGAAUGGCACGUGCGCUACCGGUGACUGCUAUGGUAGAUUGAAGUGUACCGGCGGUGGAGCUCCACCAGUCAGUCUGGCUGAGUUUACUAUUGCACCAAACCCUAGCCAGAUGGAUUUCUAUGAUGUUAGCUUAGUUGAUGGUUAUAAUGUUGGCUUAGGUGUCAAGGCAUUGGGGGGUUCCGGUAAUUGCCAAUAUGCAGGUUGUCAUGCGGAUCUUAAUGCCAAUUGCCCGCCAGAGUUACGGGUUUUGGAUUCAGUUUCAGGUUCUACCGUUGCUUGUAAGAGCGCCUGCGCGGCGUUUAAUGCGCCGGAGUUUUGUUGCACCGGCGAUCACUCGACACCACAGACUUGCUCACCGACGCAGUACUCGGCGUUGUUCAAGAAUGCAUGUCCUUCUGCUUAUAGCUAUGCUUAUGAUGAUGCCUCAAGUACUUGCACUUGCUCCGGGUCGGAUUACUUGAUUACAUUUUGUCCAACUGGGUCUACAUGAUUUGAUCUCAUGCAGUUCUUGGACUGCUCUAUUUUAUUUUAUUUUUUUAUGUUUUCUGUUUUGUUUUUGUGAAUGAGUAGAGUUUUUAUAUAAUCUACAGGGUCAUUAAUAAUUGUACGGUUAAGAGUUAUUGGUCUUGCUAUUGAUUGGUUUGCCAAGGUAAUUAAUGGAGAAUAUUUUACUCUUA